UCUCAAUAUUUUUUUCGUUUUAUGUUUUUAGUUAGUAUUAAAAUCAACUGUAACUUAAACAAACUGUUUAUAUUUAAAUAAAAAUAACUUUUUAUUCUUGAAUUUGAAAUGUUUAACUGGAGGACAAAAAAGCCAUCUCAAAAUGUACAGUACAAAUACUCCGAUUGUCACGGAGAUCAAGAAAAUAGACAAAAGUGUUUCAGAGUCAUACGAUUUAAUGACAAAGAACAAUUUAAAAAAAAAUCAAAUCGAGUCGUGACUACUCAAUACGGAAUUUUAUCAUUUUUUCCACUUUUUAUCACUGAACAAUUAAUAAAGUUCACCAACCAAUAUUUUUUAUUUAUAUCUAUACUACAGCAAAUACCUGAUGCAUCUCCAGUGGGCCGAUUUACAACUAUAUUACCUUUGACAAUUAAGUUUGGAUUCUCGGCUAUAAAAUCAAUUAUUAAAGACCUAUUGCAGUAAAUGUGCAGUUUUUGGAUACAACGAUCUUAAAAAAGUGUGCGGUUUUGUCCUGUAUUUUUAUCUAAAAUGCAUGUGUGGAUUUUAGAUUCAACGAUGAAUAACAAAUUAAUCAUAUUAAAGAUUAUAAAGUUAAUCAUAAAUAUGUGGAAGUGUUAAGAAAUGGUAUUUUAGUUCAAGAAAGAUGGAGUGAAAUCGGUAUAGGAGAUAUUAUUAAAGUUAAAAAUAAUAAUAUCUUUCCA